GCCGUGGGGGCCGUCGAUCCUUGUCUUUUCCCUAACCCGUAUUCAGAAUAGCACAACAACUCGAGGGCUGGGUCUGCCGUGUAUGAAUACGUCGCUCCCGUAGGUGGGCGGGCUUGUUUAAAAGUCGGGCCAUCUGCACCCUGUCUACCUCUGUCCCUUCUUUCUCAGCUCCUGUACGUUAUUCAUUAUUCAGUCUCAGGACUUCAUUCACGACAGUUACUGUUUUAUCGGCAAAGUGGGAGUCGGGACAGCAUGGAUCACAAAACAUCCCACUUGCCGACAUGGCAAGAGAACAACAAAACCACGAGCGAAAAAGCUGGUCUCGCUGCAGACCAUGAAUCAUCGGCUCUUUUAAACGACAAGACGCAGAAUCAACAAACGAUGCAGCUGCGACAAAUCUUUGCUAAUCGCCUAAUGCCCGUCGCGUUCGCUCUCCCGUGGGUGAUGGGAAUGUUGAUUUCCUGGAUCCCAUUUAUCAAGAUCUCUCUUUACAACGCCCCCGAUUUCCUUAUUCUCGCAGCUCUCAUCAGCACCCUCGAAGUUCUCAGCAUCGUCGUAGUCUUCAUCUUCACAUCCCUCCGCCCCUCAACACUCGAAACCGAACCUGGUCCCAGCAUGACUCUGAAAGAGAAAUUCUUCCGCGCCUGGUUCUGGUUUCUCUUCAUCAGUCCUUUCGUCACAGGAACAAUGGUUGUUUUGAUGGCAAGCGACAUUUCAUGCGAUCCGGAAGAUGAUCUAGACAUGCAUCAACCAAUCUGUCAAGUUGGCAUUAGACUCAUUAAAGCGACUGCUUUAUGCCGCGCUGGAAUUAUCGCGACAUUUCUCUUUGCUACUUCUUCAUAUUUGGAACAACGACCUACGAAGCGAUGCACCGACUCCGCAUGAUGUUUUAAAAAUCUAUGGCGUCAUGAUCUCUGUACAACGAUACCCCUGAAAGCAUUAAAAAUACAUUAAAUAGAACCAACCA